UUUCUUAACUGCAAACAGCUGUAGUAAGUCUUCAUAACUUAAAUUUUUAAUAAAAAAAAGAGAGCAUGCGAAUUUUCUCUGUUCUUAAUGCAGCUAAUCGGAAAGCCAGGGCCCCCCAAAAUGAAAAAGAUGUACCAUUCCAGGAGAUAUUGCCUCUUCGUUUGAAGAAUAGAGUUAGUGGGAAAUCAGAUUCCAGUUCCGAUGUUGCCUGCUUACAGGAAAUGAGUAUUCUUUUUGCCUGCCUUAAAGAUAAUGACUUUGUAGAGAAAUUUUGCCAUAAAGAAAUUUCACAGUUUAAAAAAUGCUACAAAGUAUUCAUGGAUGGUAAAACAGCUCUCAAAGCCACCGUUAAUCAGGGUAUCAUUACACCUGGCAAUAAUUUGAAUUACCGACAAUUGAACAAAUACAUGAGACUGUUCCCCAAUCCAAAGUGAUAAAGGAAAAGUUAUCUUAUUUAUGCAUCUAUUGAAUAGAAUUAAAAUUCAUUUUAAUUUUUAAUUUAAUAUCAAGAUGC